AUGACUGCUAUGGCCGAGGCGGAGAUUGCAAAAGCAGAGAACGCAAAGGCAGAAGGCAACAAGUUAUUCCAAGAAGGGAAGUAUGCAAAAGCACUGGUAGCUUAUUCUUUCGCGAUCGAGUUCGGCGAAUCAGAGGAUGAUGGGUUGAACUCAUUGGACGGCGUUGCUGCAGACAGCGGCAAAAACCCCAACCUGCAUGUCUACUAUGCCAACAGAGCUUUCUGCCACAUCAAGAUGGAAAAUUUUGGCUCUGCAUUGGUGGAUGCGACGAAAGCCAUAGAAGUAAAAGAAGACUGGCCAAAGGGCUGGUACAGGAGAGGGACUGCCAACAUGGCUCUCAACCGGCCGAAGGAAGCUCUUCGGGACUUUACGCAGCUGUGUAAGCUCGCGCCCCAAGACAAGGAUGCUAGGGACAAGUUGAAGCAAUGCCAAAAGCAGGUCAAUGCAGACAAGUUCGCAAAGGCUAUCGGCUGCGAGAAAACGAAGCCGGCGAGCCAGACUGUGGACGUGGCUCACAUGGACGUCGACUCGACGUAUGCAGGACCCGUGUAUCAGUCCGGAGCCUGCACAGCCGAGUUCUGCCAGUCGCUUAUGCAGCACCAGAAGGAGGAGAAGAUCAUCGCGAAGAAGUAUGCUUACCAGAUAGUCCUGGACAUGAUAGAAAUGUUAAAAGGAUCCAGCACUCUUGUCGACAUCGAGGUCCCCGAUGCUGGCGAGGUGACGGUGUGUGGCGACGUGCAUGGCCAGUUCUAUGACUUGCUGAACAUCUUUUCGAUGAACGGCGUGCCAUCCCAGGACAAUCCGUACCUGUUCAACGGUGACUUCGUGGAUCGAGGGUCAUUCUCUGUGGAGGUCAUCUUGACUUUGUUUGCAUGGAAACUUGCUUUCCCCAAGCAUCUUCAUCUGGCUAGAGGUAACCACGAAACAAGGAACAUGAACAAGUUGUACGGAUUCGAGGGGGAGGUCACGAAAAAGUACGACGAGGAGCUAUACCAGCUCUUUUGUGAAGCGUUCUGCCUUCUGCCACUAUGCCAUGUUAUCAACAAUCAGGUCUUUGUCGUUCAUGGAGGACUCUUCUCCAAGGAUGACGUGACGCUGGACGCAAUCAGAAAGGUGAACAGAGACCAAGAACCUCCUGAUGAGGGUCUCAUGACAGAGAUGUUGUGGAGCGAUCCGCAACCGGGACGAGGCCGUCAGCCGUCAAAGCGAGGUGUUGGUGUCGCUUUCGGUCAGGAUGUCACUGAGAACUUCCUGAAAACGAACAAUCUGAAAAUGGUUAUACGUAGCCACGAAAUGAAGGAGGAAGGCUACGAGAUCGAGCAUUCCGGCCGACUUGUCACAGUCUUUUCCGCCCCGAACUAUUGUGACCAGAUGGGCAACAAGGGUGCUUUCAUCAGACUGGACGGUAAGACGAUGACGCCAAAAUAUACUUCCUUUGCGCAUGUGCCUCAUCCGAAUGUUCGUCCCAUGCAGUAUGCCAAUCCCAUGCUCGGGCAGCUCUUCGGCAUGUGA